AUGAAAGGCGGUAGAUCAAAAGCUGAUUCCAGAAACACUGACGCCAAGUUAAAGAGAAAAGGAGCAGGGGCUGGAACUAAAGCGUCGAAAAAGGCUGCGAAGGAUCCAAACAAGCCGAAAAGGCCUGCUAGUGCUUUCUUCGUUUUCAUGGAGGAUUUUAGGAAGCAGUAUAAGGAGGCUCAUCCAAACAAUAAAUCUGUUGCUGCUGUUGGUAAAGCCGGUGGAGACAAGUGGAAAUCCAUGAGUGAAGCUGAGAAAGCUCCUUUUGUGGCUAAGGCUGAGAAGAGAAAGACUGAAUACAACAAGGACAUGGCUGCUUAUAACAAAAGAUUGGCUGGAGGAAAUGCUGAUGAUGAAUCUGACAAGUCGAAGUCAGAAGUGAAUGAUGAGGACGAGGAAGAUGAGAGUGAUGGGGAUGAGGAAGAUGACGAUGAGUAA